CGUUUCCCAGCUCGCGUGUGCUCGGCUCACAAACACUAUCUUUGGCAUAAAUUACAUGCGUGUAAGCAUACACUACAUUCGUGAAAAAAUGGCAGCUGACGAAUAGAAAAAAGUGGACCUUCACUCGAAAAAAAGACGGCACUUGACCAAGACACACAGUCACAGAUCAAACUGGGUGAACACCCUGCGCCUUGUUUAUCACCACAGAGGAGUCACCAUUGGUCAUCUGUCACCAUGGGGAAAACUCCGAUCAAAGAUCACAAAGAUGGCAAAAAAGAGAAACCAGGGAGGACAGUUCCACCAACAGGUACAACCCCUGCAACGACAAAAGAUGCUUUCAGCUGGGAAGAAUAUCUAAAAGAGACCUCAUCUACACCAGCACCACCGAGCUGUUUUCGUCAGGCUCGAGUCCCACCGUCCAACGACUUCAAGGUGGGAAUGAAGCUCGAAGCCCACGACCCACGUAACUCCACCUCGGUCUGCAUCGCCACGGUGAUGGGUUUAACCGGGGUUCGUCUGCGCCUCCGCCUGGACGGGAGCGACAACAGUAAUGACUUCUGGAGACUGGUGGACUCCUCUGAUAUCCAGCCUAUCGGCACAUGUGAGAAGAACGGAGAUAUGCUGCAGCCGCCACUGGGAUUUCGGAUGAACGCCUCCUCUUGGCCCAUGUUCCUGCUGAGAACCUUAAAUGGAGCAGAGAUGGCUCCAGUUACAGCCUUUAAAAAGGAACCUCUGAGGCCCCCCCAGAAUAACUUUAAGCCAGGCAUGAAGCUGGAGGCGGUGGACAAGAAGAAUCCGUAUCUCAUCUGCCCCGCCACCAUCGGAGAAGUGAAAGGCGACGAGGUCUUCAUCAUGUUCGACGGUUGGCGAGGCGCCUUUGAUUACUGGUGCAAGUACGACUCCCGGGACAUCUUUCCUGUGGGCUGGUGCUCUCUCACUAAACACAGCCUCCAGCCACCAGGCAACAGUGUCACUCUGCCAAAGAACCUGCAGAUUCUGCCGGCGUCGCCCUCCAAACCCAGCAGGCGCUCCAUGCAGUCGUCCUUCAGACUCCCCAACCCCAUGCCCACUUUGCCCGUGAGGAAGGGCGUAAGAGGCCGUCGGCCUAAGAGCGAGACCCUCGCUCUGCUCAAAGCUGUGGCAGAGGCAGCAGCCGCCCAGAACGGGACAGUCCCCGAGAACACACAACUUGUUCCCCGGGUCCACAAGAAGAGAGGCCCCAAACCUGGAAGCAAGAGGAAGUCCAAGCUCCUCCAAAACCCAACACAGCUGUCCAGCAUCCAGGUCCCACAAGAAGGCCCCCCCAGCCUCAACUCAGUGGUUUCAACCGUGUGUGUGUACGUGAACAAGCAUGGAAACUGUGGUCCCCACCUGGACAGGAAGCAGAUGCAGCAUCUGCCAGACCACUUUGGCCCAGGGCCGGUUAAUGCUGUGCUGCAGCAGGUGGUCCAGUCAUGUAUAGACUGCGCAUACCAGCCCAAAGUCCUGCUCAGUGCUCUGCAGAGCGACUCAGGAGGAGGAGAGGUUGUUAAAGUGAGAGCAGAUGGAGGAGUUCGUGCGGUCAGACUUCCAUCAGCCUCCAGCGCUUCGUUCGUGCUGCGCUUCCUGGAGUCCAUGUGUCGUCAUCUGCAGUGUGACAACCUGUUCAGCAGCCAGCCGUUCAGCCACUACGCCGCGUACGACAGGAACAAGUCAGUGAAAGAAGAAGCGUUCGACACUCCCUCUCUGGCACGGGCCAGUAAACGCAGCCUGUCUGGAGUCUCUCCACCGUAUGCCGCCCCUCUGUCUCCCAAACAUUUACGUGCUGAAGCCCACCCUUCAGAAGCAGAGACUCUGCCUCACGAGGAGAACGGCCUAAUAAAGGAGCAGCGCUACAUGGACUCUGCUUCCAACUCCAUGACCCCUCGACCUCAGACUGCGCGGAGUUCUUCGGAGUACCACUCCCAGGCCAGCAGCCUCUACCACCAUGGUAACAGCACACCAGUACGCCGCCAUUCCUCAAACCCCGCAGAGCUCAACUCCACGCAGCCUCACAGACGAGUCGAAGCAGCCAGCUCCACCACAGGUCCAGAAGCUCUGGUGUCUGAGCGGGAGAGUCUGAAGCUGCCCAGUAAAAACCCCUCCUCCUGGUCCAUCGAAGAGGUCAUGCAGUUUGUCAGGGAUGCCGACCCCACGGCAUUAGCACCUCAUGCUGAGCUAUUCAGAAAACAUGAGAUUGAUGGGAAAGCCCUGAUGCUGCUUCGGAGUGACAUGAUCAUGAAGUACAUGGGACUGAAACUAGGGCCAGCGCUUAAGUUAUGUCAUCACAUAGAGAGGCUGAAACAAGGCAAACUGUAACAGGAGCCAGAGCCAGGGCAGUCCUGACCCUGCCACACCCAUGAGCAAUAAGCCCUGAAAGAGCCAGAGUUUGGAGACUGUCUCGGGGUAAGCAGGGGUUACAUGUUACUCUAGACUCCACCUGGAGGGACUCAGUAGAUGUUACAACUUCCUUCAGACUUCCAGAGUGGAGAAAGUGUGCCGUGCAUUGCUGACACAUUACCUCAUCCCCUCAUCAGUGAACAAAAAGCUGUUCAAGUCUCACAGACACCACAGACUUGAAGAAAUCCCAAAGGAAAAGAAUCCCUGUAGUGUUUACAUUGCGUAGCACAUGUGCACACGUUUUUUUUACAGAGAUGAAAUCUUUUGAUCCUGGUUUUGGAUCCCCAAAGAUGGAGAAUGUUUCUUCUUAUAUAAUGUUUUUAUCAAUGUUGAUUUUCCAGUUAAUUAAGAAAGCUUGGUGUGCUGAAAAUAAAUCAUCAGACGUUCUUCCCCUUGCUCUUGAAGAGAAUAUGGAUGCUCUCUGCUGUUGUAUAAAUGUUAUCACUCUCCACGUGUAAGUAGUGGAAUAUCCGUCUGCCUGAAGAAAGCUAUCGUCGGCGUAUUCCACUGCUCCUACACAGGUUUGAUUUGCUCCAACAUGGUCUGACGUUUUUUAAUUGAUGGUCACGUUUUCACCAGAGUCACCACGUGCUGUGAGGCCUCAUGUAUUAUUGUGUCUUAGUGGCCCCUAAGUUGCCUCAUGCUGGUAUUCAAGCAGUUUCAGUGAACUGUGUGCAUCCCAAGCUCUCCACAAGUUAAGAGUUUUUCGGUUUCAGUGGUCAGAAUGUUGAGAAAGUGCAAACAUGACAUUUCUAAGGGCUUUCUUUAAGUUUCCAUGUAAUAUUUGUAUCAGUCCUACACCAUUUAAGCUCGUCGGUCUGCCUGCAACCUCAGUGUUGUCACAUUUGACCAUCCCAAUCACUGUUGGCAAUGAAAACAGAUGUGUACAGUUUUAUGGGUUUAACCAUGAAUAUCAGCGACAGAAUGUACAUUUUGUAGAAACUUAAUAUUUUAAGGAAAUCAUAUACAUAAGUUAGAAAUGUGAAGAAUAAGGGGAAGAGGUGAAUAUUUCACAGUGGAUUCCAUUCUUCUUUUUAAUACUUAACCAGUGCUUUUAGUUCAAAUACUCCCAGUACUAGACUCUGCCUUGCUUUACCUAUGACAUUUCUCAGGUUUACGUGGUCUUUGUUAGUAUAAGCUUUUGUAGCAUACUGUUUAUAAUAUACUUAAAAGAAAUUUCCUGUUACCACCUCCCUUCACCUAAAAAGACUUGUGCCAUAUGAUAUUCAACACAAGAUCGAAGUGCUGUUUAUUUCCCUCUUGCAUCUUCUUCUUUAAAGUACUUGAAAAAUGUGUUGCAAAACAUUAUUUGUCCAUUAUGUCACACCAGAUAAACAACGUGUUUAUGAUGUUGUGUAUUUUCUUUCUCUUUUUUUUUUCUAUAAACCUUCCAGAAA